AUGGAGCAAGCCUCCAAGUUCGCAAACGCAUUCCAGUCCGAUGCACUCAUUGAGAUUUCUUUGGCGGAUGGCGGUCACUUCACUGUCCAGCGGGCACUCCUCUGUGAUGCCUCCGAGUACUUCCGGUCUGCUCUGCUUGGCGGAUUUGCGGAAGCGCGGGACAAGACACUUCGACUGCCUGGCUGCGACACCAAAGUCUUCGAGCUUCUGUUGUACUGGAUAUGCAAACACAGCCUUCCGGAUGUGACGCAAAUGCGAAUCAUCUCUGAUGAAGACGAUGAGAGCGAGCAUCGUUGUGAUGUUACUUGCCACGGGCACCUUUGUGAUGAUCCUUGCUACGAGCAACAGGCCAUCCUGGCACGACUAUGGCAUGCGGCUGGCAUGUAUCUCUUGCCUGACCUUCAGAAUGCGGCCAUGAAUUGUUUGCUCGAUAUGCUUGUUCACUGCUUUUUGGGUCAGUUGGCGAUGGAGACAGCCUUCGAAAUGGGUUCAUCGAACUGCAUCUUUCGCAAAGUUUUACUUGAGGAAUUUGUUCACGAGUUCUUCGAGUAUCCUGACAGGUACACUUUCGGGAACAUCAUGAACGACUUCUCCAGCAUACCCGACUUCUUCGCCGCCUUUGCURUCAUGAUGCGACAGGAUACCCAAGAUGGCAAGAAUCGGAGUACGUGGGGAUCAGCAACGACGAAGAAAGCGCUGCGGCUCAGCUGCAUGGUGCCCAUUGUGCCCCAAACUUUGCGUUAG